UCUGUCUUUGUGCUUCUCUUCAUUACUUACUACUGUAUCUUGAAAACAAAUAAAAACCAAAUCUUUAUUUACUUCAACAACAACAGUACAAUUUUUGUAAAAAAAAAUUAAAAUGUAAAAAAGAGAGAGGAAAAACCACUCUCUAUCUUGUUCUACUCCCUUCUUUUGUUCCUAUACAGCUACAAAAUAAACAUUGAUUCACAAUUUAUUCACCCAUUAAAGACCCUCUUGUCUCUUGUUUCAAACUUGUAAAAAAAAAAAAAAAAACCUUGUAGCAGUCAUUAGACUUUGAUUCCUAACCUCUCCUUGGAGCGCAAUAUAUAAGCUCUCUAGAGUCUACUCUUGUGUUUUCGGUCUUCUUUGACUACUAAAGUAUUCUAUAUUGUUGUGGGAGGUUCGGUUGGAUAAUGGGGUUUUGCCAGCCACUUUCUUGUAUUCCUUUCUUAAAAAUCUUUCAUCGUUUCUUCUAUCAGAUUCCCCACUUAUGUUCCUUUCUAACACUAUAAAGUAUCAAUCUUUCUUGGGUUCUUUUUAAAACUCUUUUUUUUUCUUCAGACACCCCCCCCCCCCCCACAUGCAUAUUUUUAGGUUUGUCUGAUCUGGAUUGGAUCGCAAGGAUCUCUAGAGAGAGAGAGAGAAAGGUGGGGUUUUGGUGAAUUAAUUUCUUUUGGAGAAUCUUGGUUUCUUUGAGGAGAAGAGCAAAGAGAGGAAGAAGCUUAGAAGGAGGUUCUAAUUUGUGGCAUUGCUUAUCUGUCAUCUCUAUCGAGUUCUAUACUUGGAUGAUUGAAUUGAGGUUUUGAGUUUGUUUAUAUUAUCGACCUGCGUUGAUCCUUAUAUACUCCUGAGGGAUGGCGGGCAUUGACAUUUCUAAAUAUGCCCAUAGUCCUGUGCAUAAGGCCAUUGCAGCCAAAGAUUAUGCCACUCUCAGGAAGAUAUUAGCUGGCCUUCCCCGUCUUUGCAAUCCUGCUGAGAUUCGGAAUGAGGCGAUUUCAUUGGCUGAGGAAGAGAAGGCUGAUGCUAUUGCUACUGCAAUUGAUAGGCGUGAUGUACCGAACCGUGACACCCCUCUUCACUUGGCUGUCAAACUGGGUGAUGAGACUGCAACCGAGAUGCUUAUGGUUGCUGGUGCAGAUUGGAGUUUGCAGAAUGAGCAGGGAUGGAGCGCACUCCAAGAAGCUAUCUGCAAUAGAGAAGAAGGGACUGCAAUGAUUAUUGUCAGGCAUUACCAGCCAUUGGCAUGGGCAAAGUGGUGUAGGAGGUUGCCUCGUUUGGUGGGAACAAUGCGAAGGAUGAGGGAUUUCUACAUGGAAAUAACAUUCCAUUUUGAGAGUUCUGUGAUACCUUUUAUCUCAAGGAUUGCUCCUUCAGAUACUUACAAAAUCUGGAAGAGGGGUGCAAAUUUGAGGGCAGAUAUGACUUUGGCUGGUUUUGAUGGUUUUAGGAUCCAGCGUUCAGAUCAGAGUAUUCUUUUCCUUGGUGAUGGAUCGGAGGACGGGAAAGUCCCUUCUGGGUCGCUUUGCAUGAUUACUCACAAGGAUAAAGAGGUGAUGAAUGCUUUGGAUGGUGCUGGUUCUCUGGCAACUGAUGAAGAGGUUCGGCAAGAAGUGGCUGCAAUGUCUCAGACUAAUAUAUUCAGGCCAGGGAUAGAUGUGACCCAAGCAGUUCUUUUGCCACAGCUGACAUGGAGGCGGCAGGAGAAAACAGAAAUGGUGGGUUCAUGGAAGGCAAAGGUCUAUGACAUGCACAAUGUGGUUGUUAGCAUCAAAUCUAGAAAGGUCCCAGGGGCUAUGUCGGACGAUGAGUUCUUCUCAUCCUGCAAUGAUAAUGAAACAGAAAGUGAGGAGCUCAAUGACAUUUUGACAGAAGAAGAAAGAAGGCAACUUGAAGUUGCUCUUAAAUUGGAGACGUCAGAGCUGAGCUCUGAAAAUGGCGAUGGGAUUAUCGCACAUCGUCAUAGUUGUUAUGAGCCCAGGGAGGUUCCUAUUGAAGAUGCAAAUGGUUGUAGAAAUGGAGAGACUAAGCAGGAAAAGAAAGGGUGGUUUGGUGGUUGGAGGAAACGGGAUUCUAAAGUUGAAGGGCAGAAGAAAAUUGUUCCACCAAGAAGUUCUCUUUGUGUGGAUGAGAAGGUGAGUGAUUUACUAGGGGACUCUCCAUCCACAAGUCAGCCUAAACCAGGAAGACAUUCUGUGGAGAUUGUUUUGAGGGAUGAACACCGGAAAGGGAGAGAUAGCAGGGCAUCUACUUCUGUGAGUUCUGAGAGCAAUAAUCGUCGCAAGGAAGGAGGCCGUGAGAAUGAGUAUAAGAAAGGACUAAGACCUACUCUUUGGCUUUCUCCAAACUUCCCGUUGCAAACUGAAGAACUUCUUCCACUGCUUGACAUUCUUGCAAACAAGGUUAAGGCAAUUCGUCGCUUAAGAGAGCUGCUCACAACUAAACUUCCUAUGGGAACCUUUCCAGUUAAGGUUGCUAUCCCAGUAGUUCCCACAAUCAGGGUACUGGUUACAUUUACGAAGUUUGAAGAACUACAGCCAUUGGAUGAAUUUGCAACACCCCCUUCAAGUCCUACAGCUGCAUUACGAGAAAGUCCGAUGGUUAUGCAGUCCUCAACUUCAUCUUGGUUUCAGUGGAUAAAAGCCCCUUAUCAACGCCCUAGCUUGUCUGCUGGUGGCUCUAGCAGUAGGAUAGAAAACAUUCAGGACCCAUUUGCUAUUCCUCCAGAUUAUACUUGGGUUACAGCUGAAGCAAAGAAGAAGAAGAUGCAGGAAAAGAACAAAUCAAAGAAAGCAAGAAAUCAUGGUCAUUAAAGGCUUGCGUGAGAUUGUAACCAAUAUGUAAAAGAGGUUUUAGCUUGCAAAAUGAGCUGCUGAUCAGCAGAUGCCAAAUAGGGAAUAGUGUGUUAUAAGACCAUGAUAUUGUGAUACUGUGAGUAAAAAAAAAAAAAACAAAGGAUCCCCAAGUUGGGAGAAAAUUUGGUGUAUCAUUGUGGGGGUUGGGAAGGGAAGAAAUAUUGUGAUUCUUUCUUACGACAAUUGCUUGGCUUUUGUUGCAUGUAACACGUUAACUCCAUUUAGAUCAAUUUGUUUCAACA